AUGGUAAAGCUGACAGAUUUCCUGCAGCUGACAGCAACAGACGAUGUAGUGAAAGUUGAAGUCUGGGAUGUGGUAGAUAAAGGGCAAAAGCUUCCUCUUCCAGAAGGUGUAGGGAAAGGGAAAAGACGCGGAGAGAAUCUGAAAUUGGAAAAUGAACCUCAGGAGUCGGAAACCGAGAUGGCUCUCGACGCAGAGUUCCUGGAUGUUUAUAAGAACUGUAACGGUGUGAUCCUGAUGUUCGACAUCACCAAACAGUGGACGUUCAACUACAUCCUUAGAGAGUUGCCAAAAGUGCCGACACACAUCCCAGUGUGUGUCCUGGGUAACCAGCGGGACAUGGGCGAGCACAGGGUCAUCUUACCCGACGACAUCAGAGACUUCAUCAACAGUCUGAACAGACCGCCGGGCUCCUCCUACAUCCACUAUGCCGAGUCCUCCAUGAAAAACGGAUUUGGUCUCAAAUACCUCCAUCGCUUCUUCAACAUCCCAUUCCUGCAGCUGCAGAGGGAGACUCUGUUACGGCAACUGGAGACAAAUCAGCUUGACAUCGAUGCCACACUAGAAGAGCUCAGUGUUCAGCAGGAGACCGAGGACCAGAACUAUGACAUAUUUCUUGAGAUGAUGGAUGCACGCAAAGCUUAUGGCUCUCCAGCGCCCUCUAAUGGCCAGAGCCCAUCCUCAGGCUCCCAGUCCCCUGUGGUGCUGCCCGGUGCCGCCUCUCCCAGUAACUCCAGCCCCAGUACCCCACAGGCCCCUGUCCCGCUCCAGACCCAGUCCGCCCCUCCACCACCGCCAUCUAUACCACACCCUCCUGCCCAGACCACAGCCGCCCAUGUACCCCAAUCACCAUCACAAACACCUCCUCCUGCCCAGAAACGAGGCUUCAUGUCACGCCUGUUCGGAUCGUCCGCUGCAGAGGCGUCACCAGACAAACCAGAACCUAUGGGCUCUGAAGACCCGAAGCCCUCUGGAAAGGUGAAGAGUGUGGAUGACUUUGUGCCGGGGGUGGGCAUGGAACGGACCUUUCUGGAAGAUGGUGGAACAGCAGUUAAAUCAAAGAACAAACCUCCAGCAUCAGCUCCCAUCCUGGACAGUGAUAGUGAUGGUGAGGGACGGGGAAAUCCUCUGGUCUCCGGCUUCCAGGAUGAUUUAGAUCCGGAUGACAGAGCGCUGUCUCAGCCUGCCGUUAAAGCGGCGGUCCCGAGCAUGGGCGUCACACUCACGAGUGAUGAAGAACAGGAAGAUUCAUCUCUGCCCUCUGCUGCCCAGCACAAAGGCAUUGGCUCGGGCCCAAACUCAAAGGGAUGUACAGUGAAUUCUGUCAAACAGCUGCAAACCAAGUCUAAACUAGCUGAGAGACCCCAAAGCCUGAAAACCCCAGCAGGACCUGCAGUGCAGCGACUGAAGACAGGAGGCGCUGUUGAGGCCGACUCCGAUUCAGACCAAGAGGCUCCAGUCGCUCAGCAGAUGCUUUCAUUUGUCAUGGAUGACCCUGAUUUUAAGAACAAAGAGUUUGACGGACACAAGAUCAAGAAGGGCACUUUUUCUGCACGAGAUGACUUAUCUGACCGGUCGGAUGAUGGGUUUGUGUUAGCUGGAUUCCCAGAGCCCCCCAAACCUGCUGCCCCUUCAUUUAAGACCCUCAACAGUGACAUUGACCUGUUCGGCCUGGAAUUUGAAGAGACAAUGCCUAAGAGUAAAGACAGCAGUGAAGACCAGGAAGAUAAUGAAAGCAGACACUCCACAAAGGACAAGAAAAAGAAGAAAAAGAAAAGCAAAGAGGAGGAUGAGAAAAGCAGCAAGAAACGACACAAACACAAGAAAAAGGAAAAAGAUGAGGCGGGAACAGGAGACGAGAAAGAAAAGAAGAAGAAGAAAUCUUCAAGAACCAAGAAAGCAGGAACCGUGGAUGAUCUUGAGGCCUUCCUGGCAGGUGGAGACGGACCAGGAAACAGUGAGGGCGGAGACUAUGAAGAACUCUAACCAAUCAGGGUUUGACAUCCACACCGUGUGACAUCGCCAGGUCAUUUUCCAAUCCAUUCCACCUGUUUUUCAGUGCCUAACCUUUUGAGUUUUCACAGCGUUUUUGUUCUUCCAGCAUUGCAGCUUUAUAAAUUGGUACGUGGCACUGUUGUUCACCUCAUGCCGUUUUCCAGUAUUUUCAGACAUAACAUUUAGAUGCAUUUUCAAAUGAUCGAGAGUUUAUUCCAUUAUUAACUGAUUAGAACUCUGUCCACAAAGACUUGAAGUAAUUUUAGCUUUGUUGGUUUUGUUUUGUGUGUGUCUUUGUCAAUGUGUGUG